CGGACGACCAGCGGUGGGAGGAGAAUCGAGAUGCCGGAGAAAUAAGCGACAAAACAUCGACUCUGGUGCUUCCCAUCAAACAUCCGCGUUUGACCGGCGACACACCAUGAUGUAAUGAGAUGUUUCAAGUCGCAGAGCUGAAUACCAAAUUGCCUUCUACUAUCAAGAGAUAGCCAGUGUGCAGGAUGGACACCCAGGAGGAAUGACAGAGCCUCUUCCCCCUCACCAACAUUCAGAGAAAAUGCACUGGACCGUCGGAUACGUGUUUGUGGUCCUGGUGUCCCUUAUCACCUAUCACACCGCCGGGGCCUUAUCGCUGGACACGGAUGGAAACCAUACACAAACCGGCAAUGUGACAGACGACGGAUUUGUCCCAGUUGUGUUCACAAAAGUGAGCCAGAUAAUUGCCCGGGAGGGGAGCUGUGCGCUGAUUGAUUGCAAUGUCACCGGAGACCCGUUCCCCAGAGUUCAGUGGUUCAACUCCCAUGGCGACCGUCUGGACACGGAGACAACUGGUGGGAAGUGGUGGCUGCUGGACAGUGGCGUCCUCAACAUCACCAGCAUUGAGUUUGCAGACCGUGGAAAGUACACCUGCAUGGCAUCCAACGUGCACGGCAGCUCCAACUGCACAGUGACACUGCGGGUGGUCUUCACCAACGGUGACAUGGGUGUGUACUACAUGGUGGUGUGUCUGGUUACCUUCACCAUCAUCAUGGCCCUGAACGUCACACGCCUCUGCAUGAUGAGCAGCCACCUAAAGAAGACAGAGAAAGCCAUUAACGAAUUCUUCCGCACCGAAGGCGCCGAGAAGCUCCAAAAGGCCUUUGAGAUCGCCAAGAGGAUCCCCAUCAUCACCUCCGCCAAGACGCUGGAGCUGGCUAAGGUGACGCAGUUCAAGACCAUGGAGUUUGCGCGAUACAUUGAGGAGCUCGCUCGCAGCAUCCCGCUGCCACCGCUCAUCAUGAACUGCCGCACUUUCAUGGAGGAGAUCCUGGAAGUUGUGGGGGUGGAGGAGAUGAGGCACACUUUUGUCAGACAAGCACCUGAGGGACGGCGUGAGGUUGCAGGCAGGGUGGCUUCCAUCGGGGGGAGAGAUGUCUUCACCAUCCUGCAGGAAAGGGAGAGAGAGCGAGGGCGGGAGAGGGAGAGGGAGCGCAGCGAAUCCCCUGCCGCAGACUCGGACAACUCCUCGGUUCAGGAGCAGCCACAGCAUAUCGCCAUCCAGGUGUCUGUCCACCCGCCACUCGCAGUCGGAGGUUGCUGCAGCAUUGAAGCACCACCUCAGCCAGAGGACACACCCUCCUCACCUCCCCCCUCCUCACCCCCACCACUAGCUCCUCUUCACCAUGAGGAGCAGCCUGAGGCGGAGGAGGAGCAGAGUGCCGAAGAAGCUGCGCCUGAACCGACGGCCGAUAAGACCCCUCCCUGCCAGGUGUUUUAUGAGAGCCAUGUGUGACGAAACAAACAAACCCUGGAGGAACGAUAUGUUUAUCCUGCUAUGCAUUUUCACUUGAAGACAAGAAAAGGUCCACAAAACAUUUUUAAUUUCACAUUUUGGAGAGAAACAAUCACAUUUUUAUUUAUCUUUUCUGAAUGGAACAAUCUCUUUAAACCUUUGUAGGCUGUUCUACUGAGAAUAAACCAUUAGACACUUGAA